ACCGAUUUGCCACAAACUACCACCAGCUUAUAUACGAAUAUGAUAUCUCGUUCCUUGAAACUGGUUUGAGCCCAAUCUGGUGUUAACCAUUGAGACGCAAGUAGUCGUUAUCGCUUGUAUAUUUUAGCGUAUUACAGUUUAUGGCUUUCUAAGUUUUUAAGUAUUACUAUAUGAUAAUAAAAAAACUGAAUGAACAGUUAUUAAGGGUAUUAUAGGGAUUUUACAUCUUAAUCACUUCAAAUGAAUCCAGAUUAGAGAGAUGGAUACAGAGAGAACGCACCUAUACCACGGCAGAGACAGAGAGAGAGGAGCGGCGGAGAUAGAGGAACCAGCCAUCGUCUCCCGUCGGCCACCCUCUUGGCCUUCGGUCAGACCGGUGGUGGGUUGUGGUGGUUAAGACGCGUGAAUCGAUGGUAGAAGACGGUGGUAGACGAGGUUGGCGGUGAUGUUGUGGUGGUUUUGACGUGGGUAACGAUUGCAGAAGGUAGUGGUGGAUGCGCAUUCCACAGUCAUAGUUUGCCGGAGAUAAUGUUAUCGGUCUCGAUGAAGGCGACAGUGACGAUUGCGGGUUCUAGGGUUCCGGCGAGUGUGCCCAUGACUCUCAUCGGACAAUCUACAGAUAGAAUGAGAGACUUGAAGGUGAUCUUGAACAACCACAACCUCAGUGACAUGAAUCGGUGCUCCGACGAAGUCGGCUAGGUUCCACCGUUAAUCUUCAGCGUUAGUUAUGGGAUCAGGCCAUGCUUCCACUUUGGACUCUUGGAUUCUUGGAGGGGCAUUUUUAUUUCAACAGACCCUUUUCUUUGCUUUUCUUAUUUUUUUUCCCAGAGGUGUUGGCACCACUACCAAUAGGAUUAUCAGUCUUCAUGGUGCACUUGGCAACCAUUCCGAUCACCGACACUAGAUUCAACCCAGCCAGAAGCUUUGGCGCUGCUGUGAUUUACAACGACGACAAGGCCUUGGUGAUCAUUGGAUUUCCUGGGUUUGGGCGUUUUUGGGCACAGCUGCAGCGGCUUUCUGCCAUCAGUUUGUGCGCAGGGCAGCGGCCACUAAAGCACUUGCAUAGGUAGAAUAUGGUGCAUCAUCAAUGGUGUCUUUGACAAUAGCGUAGCAAAAAAAUCAAGAUAUUAAUAUUUCAGCGACACAGCCUCGCAUGGGUUCAAGAUGGUAUGUGGUGUGGGGAUUCUGUAUAGUUAUCCUGAGGUUAUUAAUCUACCUUCUAUUUAUUUAUCGUUUCGAUUCUAAAUACAGGUUCAAAAACAUCCUCUUAUUAGCUCUUUAGUGAUCAGUUAGAGUCUAACUGAGGAAAGUCUUGGGUGGUUGUAACUACUGUUUCUUGAUUAGUAAUUCAUUAGGACGAGUUACGCAUUUUCUUAAGAUUCAUUUUCAUUAGAUUGUACGGUACUCUUUCUAUGGCACAAAGGAGCCAUUCAGUUCUGCUCCAUACCGGCUGUUAUGGCUCAGGUUGACUUUGACGCAUUGGUCGUCCAACUUGACCUUUUAAUUUUUAAUACUAUCUUGAACCUAGGUCCAACACCGCCUCAAAUAGGUUCAAGAUGUUUCAAGUUUUUA